CAGGUCACUUUCAACAUGGAGAGUGGACCUGGAAAACACUGGACUGAGGAGGAGGUUAAAGCUUUACUAAGUGUCUGGGCAGAAAGAAAUAUACGAAAACAACUUUACGGAACACUGAGAAAUAGAGAAAUCUUUAUUUACGUUGCUAAAAGGCUGAGAUCACUAGGAGUAUACAGAGAUUGGAAACAGUGCCGGGCAAAGUAUAAAAAUCUCAAGUAUGAAUACAGGACAGUUAAGCAUGCCCACAGGUCAGGAGACAGCUCUAGAACGAUGAAGUUUUUCCAUGUUCUGGAUGCAAUUCUGCAGUCUGAACCGACCGCGCGGUUAACAGAGGAGAGCGAUGGUAACAUCAAGUGCCUGGUAACCCUGAGCUCAAGUUCCGCCCCAGAGAUCACAGAAGGUAAUCGUAUUCCCUUGGAAGGUGCUGAAAGUCACACACACACUGUGACAUCAAAUGACCCAGGAGCUGGAAGGCACCAGCCUGAAAACGAGGUCACAGCACUGGUACAAAUAUGGCAUGGUGAAAGAGUCAGGCAAACGCCUGAAGAGACCACCAGAAACAAAGGGACAUCGGAGGAAACUGCCCAGAGACCUAUCCAGUUUGGGAUAGACAGAGACUGGAAACAAUGUCAUGAUGCCACGCAUAAAACUCCAAACCGUGAACAAAGAGUUUUACAGAAGACAAAUGAUAGCCCUUGGAGAAAACGGAGAUUUCAUGAUGAAACUGACUGCAUCCUAAAAAGCAGGACUCCUGGAAUUACCAAACGGAAACACGAAUCACCUGAAGGUCACUUUGGAAGCCUUGGAACUGGGAGCAACAAGAGAAAAGCACAGGAAGGCGAAACAAUGUCUACACCUCUCAAGAAAAUGUCUCCUGAGAUCAUUACAAACUGGUUUCCUCAAAGCUUAAUAGAUUUGGAAGGUUCUACAGGAUGUUUCUUCCAUCAGGACCCUCACCUUCAUCAGAUCGCUGCUUCUUUUUCCCGCGCGGUCUGCUCCUCUAGUUCACCUAGGAUAAUGGCGACAGCUGAAGUACUGAACAUCGGGAGAAAGCUGUAUGAGGGUAAAACAAAGGAAGUCUAUGAAUUGUUAGACAGUCCAGGAAGAGUCCUCCUGCAGUCCAAGGACCAGAUUACAGCAGGAAAUGCAGCUAGAAAGAACCACCUGGAAGGCAAAGCCGCCAUCUCCAAUAAGAUCACCAGCUGCAUAUUUCAGUUGUUACAGGAAGCUGGUAUAAAAACUGCUUUCACCAAGAAAUGUGGGGAGACUGCUUUCAUUGCACCCCAGUGUGAAAUGAUUCCAAUUGAGUGGGUAUGCCGAAGAAUCGCCACUGGAUCUUUUCUCAAAAGGAACCCUGGUGUGAAGGAGGGGUAUAGGUUUUAUCCACCAAAAGUAGAGAUGUUCUUCAAGGAUGAUGCCAAUAACGACCCACAAUGGUCUGAGGAGCAACUCAUCGCUGCAAAAUUUUGUUUUGCUGGACUCGUUAUAGGGCAAACUGAAGUGGAUAUCAUGAGUCAUGCCACACAAGCUAUUUUUGAAAUUCUGGAGAAAUCCUGGCUGCCCCAAAACUGUACGCUGGUUGAUAUGAAGAUUGAGUUUGGCGUUGAUGUAACCACCAAAGAGAUUGUUCUUGCUGAUGUCAUAGAUAAUGAUUCCUGGAGACUAUGGCCAUCAGGAGAUCGGAGCCAGCAGAAAGACAAACAGUCUUAUCGGGAUCUCAAAGAAGUAACUCCGGAAGGACUCCAGAUGGUAAAGAAGAACUUUGAGUGGGUUGCAGACCGAGUGGAGUUGCUUCUCAAGUCAAACAGUCAGUGCAGGGUGGUAGUGCUGAUGGGGUCGACCUCUGACCUUGGUCACUGUGAAAAAAUUAAGAAGGCUUGUGGAAACUUUGGGAUUCCAUGUGAACUUAGAGUAACAUCUGCACAUAAAGGACCAGAUGAAACUUUGAGGAUUAAAGCAGAAUAUGAAGGGGAUGGCAUACCUACUGUAUUUGUCGCAGUGGCGGGCAGGAGCAAUGGACUGGGCCCAGUGAUGUCUGGUAAUACUGCAUACCCGGUUAUCAGCUGUCCCCCAAUCACAGCAGACUGGGGUGCUCAGGAUGUGUGGUCAUCUCUGCGACUGCCCAGUGGUAUUGGCUGUUCAACUAUACUUUCUCCAGAAGGAUCAGCCCAGUUUGCUGCUCAGAUAUUUGGGUUAAACAACCAUUUGGUGUGGGCCAAACUUCGAGCGAGCAAACUGAACACGUGGAUAUCCUUAAAGCAGGCUGAUAAGAAAAUCAGAGAGUGCAAUUUGUAAUAAAGCAAUUUAAUUUGUAGGAGAAAAGUUACAUAUUCCUAGUUUGGAUUUAAAAAAAAAAUCAAGCAAAAUGAUUUCACAUCAGAGAAAACAAUUCAGUUUAUUUUCUGGCUCUAUGUAGUGAUAUGUCCCUGUAGCCUGAGCACUCUAGAGGAUCACUAAAUUCAAGGCCAGCCUGAAUUGUGUAUUGAGACCCUGUAUUUGCUGGGGAGGGGAUCUUGGCACAACGCUGCUAAAUUACAUCUCGCUUUCUAUAUAGUCAUUGUUGGGUAAAUAUGUAAUUAUGGAACUGGAGCAAUGUGUCUGUGGUUCAAGAACCAGUAUGGCUCUCCUGCAGAUGCCCUGAGUUUGGCUCCCAGCAUCCAUGUAGACUGCCUCACAAUAAAUAACCUUUAACCCGGGAUCUGACCCCGUGGCUUCCUUAUGCACCUGCUCUCAGAUUCUGUUACAUUCCUCCACCCAACACACACAAUUUUAAAAAAUAAACGUUUUCAAAGAGUA